GAGACGGUCCCAAAAUGGAUGCUUAACGAGAUGGAAGAAUGUGGACCGGUUGAAUGUGAUAAAUACGCAUUCUUACUAGGAUCUGCCCUUCGAAAUUCGGAUCAAGAAAAUUUUUUCACUGUCUAUGAUUCAAUAUUACCCCAAAAUAUCCCGAAAUCACAAUUGCAUUGGAUAAAAGAGAGAGCUCGUUUUAUUGCUGAGUUGCCAGAAGGAGAGUUUAAUGAGUGGGUGGUAGAUGCCCGGUCGUUUAGUUUAGCACCGGGAAAAUCUAAGAUGAGUAGAUCUAAACCUACUAGAGUUACUGCUACUGUCAGUGUGGGUGCCUUGAGUGAUGAUGAUGAUGAGACUUCAGGUCCUUAUCACUCAAUGUCAUCAUCAUCACGAUUACACAAGCACGGUAGUCUAACUGAUUCUGGAAGACCAGCAACCGUUAGCCGAAAAAACAGUUUAUCAUCAGAAAUGAGUGAGGAGGCUCGUGGAGCCUAUGAUUAUUAUCCCAAGCGUAGUGAUUCUGUCAUUGAUUCUGUCAAAAUUCAGGAUGUAACAUCUCCCGAAUAUGACGAAGCCAUAGAUGUGGAAUCUGACAAAAGUUCUGUGGAAUCACCUCGAAGUGAAGAUUCUGGAAAGGGUGAAUAUAAUGUUACCCAACUAGAUGAGUAUGGAAUCGAAUUAAAAACAUUUCACAGGCAAGGUUAUCAUGCCAGUGACGAGGAUAGCGAUGGAAACUGUCAUCCACAUAAAAAAUUAUACGGUUCUCGUAGCCAGGCACAAUAUGGCUACAAGCGUCCGGAAGAGGAUAAAGAAGAGUAUGAGAGGGCCACUAGUUUUGACCAGUCGUCUCAAAUCUUUCCCAGAUUCGAAGUUGAUAAGAAUCGUAAAGUAACUGCUGUAGAUGCCGGUACAUCGUUUCCCUUGUCCCGUACAGAACCAUCUUUAAGUAAAUCAUACAGCACUGGUUCAAGAACAGAAGAAUGGAACUUGAAACAGAAGAGAUCCAGAGCUAUAGGUCGCAUGUUGGAUAUGGUGUACGGUCCAUCUACGAAUAAAUCAUUUUCACAACCUCAUUAUUCAGAUUGCGUCCUACAAAGUAAGGUUCAUGUUUUUUGUCCAAAUAUAAUCCAUCCAUAA